UCUGGAAUCCCCAAAGUAUGCUCCCAAAAGAGGAGAGAGUGCACGCACGCUCCCUCUCCUCAUGGCUCACCCCUACCCCCUCCUGCGUGCUAACAGUGAUAACAGCAUGACCCUGCCUGACCCCAUGGCCCUAUCCAACAAGGCUGCUGGAGCCAAUCCCACCCCUGGACAGGCUCGCAGGGCCUCUGUGGGUGUGAGGAGCUCCAGCAGUCCCAGGGCCCGUACCCGCUCCCCGUCGCGAGGAGGAGGGCAGAGCGACACAGAGGAGAGGCAUCAAAGCAAACCACAGCGCGGCAGACAGGGUGCGACCUCAGCGGGUAGUGGCGGAUGGUCGGCUGGGGGUCAGAUGAGGCAUAUGUAUAGUGCGGUCCCAGGGCGAGUGUACAUGGCCACGAGGGCCUACACUGCCCACGGAGAGAAAGAACUCAGCAUCARCAAAGGAGACAAAGUCAAAGGUAAAGAGAGAUUCAGAGAGGAGUGGGUUUUUGGAGUGCCACUGUGUUGA